AUGCAGAAACUAGUAACAAACGCUUUGAGACCUUCAGGUAUGAUGGGCGCAAAUUUGCUCAAAACGACAUCUUUUUACAGAUAUCAGUCAUCCGCUCCAAACCCUAACCGUGCAUCGAACAAGAAAAAAAUGAGCGUCAUUGAACAACAGAAGCAAAAACAAGCCUCGGAGACAGAAAAGACAGUCAAUAGUGCCGAAGAACAUGAACAGCGGAAAGUUGCCCCACCGUCUAAGCAAAAGAUUAGAAAAGGAUUUAGUUCUCUUGCAAAAGUGCCUAGCACUGACGCCCUGAACCCUGAGGAUAUACUUCUAGAUACAUUCUUUCAAGGUUACAAACCGCUCACUAUACCUUUAAGACCGCCAACCAAAAAACGACAAACUAUCCUCUACCUUGACAUGGACGAAGGAUUUCAAAUGCUAGGAAACGCUUUGGAAGAUUUAGCAUCUGCUACAAAGGACACACCGGCCGUAAAGGACUACAAUAAGGCCCGCUUCCAGUUCUCCAAUACAAGUUUCAGUGAUAACGAUGGUACCAAUGAGCGCCGCCCGAACCUACGUGCUAGAUUGCCUGAGCUGAAUAAUCGGAAAACCAGGGGCCGUAUGAGGGUAAAUAGGAGUUUGUACAAGAAGAAGAAAUGA